GCUGGGGGCGGCAGCCUCAAAAAUACACCGCAACCACACCGCGCGGCUCCACCGCAGAAGCCGCCAUCUUCCACCGCCGAACCGAAACGAGACCGCGCGAGUUAAACACCCUAUCCUACCCCGUACAAGUUGUCGCUGCCACCCGCCGAGGUAUCGCCAGGUGAACGACUACCUUCGUCAUUCUUGCGAGCAGUUCGAGAAACGUUAUCAAGACGACCUACGAAGAUCUCAUUUGGUCUCUGCUUUCUCUACUGGAUCCAUUCGACGAUAGUUAUCGCUUUCUACCUUGUUUUUUUUUUUUUUUUUCAAUCGGAUGAUCUUAAAUAUAAGUUACGAAGAAAUCCUACCGAUGUAACAUUGGAAUCAAUCGAAUGAGACAAUUAUUCGCUGAUCAAGAACAAGUGAUUUCGUUCAGUGUCCUGUGUCACAAAGCGAAUUUGAAUCAAGUGGAUAUUCAAAUAGUCGAGUUUGAAAGAUUUUUUUUUAUUUUUUUAUUUUAAAAAAGAUUUAUUAAUGUUUUUAAUGAAACGUGAUUAUGUUCAUGAUCGUUGAUCAGAAGUUCUGAGAGGAAGUAAUUUGACGGAUUCAAACGGACUGAUUCAAUUCGAUACACGUGACUUCUGUUUCGUGCGAACUCUAGAACGCGGGUGAAUUUAAGCGUAGUAGAGAUCCUUCCUUCCCUUCAAGAUCUUCUCGAUCCUUAGGAUCUUGUGUGAUCUGACGACGUGAAGAGAGUUAAGAGUAGCAUCGAACAGUUUCUUGAGUGUGUUCUCUCUUCUCUAUAGAAUAAGGGAAGACAGUAGCAUUGUAUUAAAUGUCGUUCGACGUGAAUACAGACAAGUAAAAAAAAAAAGAAAAAUAUAUAGAAGCAGAAGGAAGAAGUUCGAAGAGACGAAUAAGGAAAGAAAAAAAAAGUAAAAAGGAAAGAGAGAGGAGGGGUGAUACUUCCUGUCGAUUCCAAUAAAACGAAUUUUCUCCGCGACUUGGCAAUCGAGACGGGAGGAAGAAUUUGCAAACGGAUGCUCCUCUCCCAAAGCGGGAUAAUGAAAUAAGGAUCAAAGGAUCGUGGGGUUCGUAGGCCAAAUAAGCACAUCGUGAACCAUUCUCUAUGGCAUUCGUUUUCGAAGCCAACAACAAAUCUGAUUCCUACGGGAGAAGCUAUCGUUCUUAAUGCGUUCUUCUUGAUUCUUCAAGAGGAUUAUCAGUUUGAUCGUAAGAAUCCCAUUUUAUUAAAAGAUCAUAAAAAUCGCUAAUAAUUCGAUCGAUCGUGUUCUUCCUGUGAUCUCGUCAGUUAUAAAAAAAGAACAAAAUAAAAAAAUCGGAGGAAGUGUUUAUCUUAUAAAAAGUUAGAAAAAGCUUGAUGAUCCUGCUCUCAUGACGAAUCCUUCGCGAGAUGUCGUACGACCCGAAGAUCGGCCACCUGGCCUAGAUUAUACCGAUCCUAGAUCGGUUCGCGGUGAUCAUCAAGGACAUCAAGCGAUUCCAGCUAAUCAAAUCGGGGGUGCGAGAAUACGUAGGACUAGGGCCUCUUCCUCGAGGAGAAGAAUGCACCUAGCUAACGACGUACCUCCACAAGGUUCUACUAGCGGUAAUCAUCAUUCCGAUUAUGCACUCACAGCUGAUCUACUCGCCGAAAGGACGUUGGAUGGCUUACUUGCUGAACAUCCUGGAGAACUAGUUCGAACGGGUUGUCCACACGUGGUUUGUACGGUACUUCCGUCGCAUUGGAGAUCAAACAAGACUCUCCCGGUAGCUUUCAAAGUGGUAGCACUUGGUGAGGUCGGUGACGGCACCUUGGUCACCGUUCGGGCGGGCAACGAUGAAAACUGUUGCGCGGAGUUACGGAAUUCAACCGCACUGAUGAAGAAUCAAGUCGCUAAAUUCAAUGAUCUUAGAUUCGUCGGUAGAAGUGGAAGAGGAAAGAGCUUUACCCUGACCAUUAUGCUGCAAACAACGCCACCUCAGAUAGCCACCUUAUCGAAAGCAAUCAAGGUCACCGUGGAUGGUCCCAGAGAGCCAAGGUCCAAGACAAGGCAUCAAGCUUUUCAUCCGUUUCACUUCGGACCUCGACCAUUCCCAUUCGGACACCCGCAGGAUCCGUUGGGAUUCAAACUGUCCGGUUUGCAACAUUUAAAUUUGGAACAAGGAACUAAUCAAGGAUGGGGUGGAUUAUCCCGAGGAUCUUUACCACCGCAUUGUCUUCCGCCACCACCCGGUCAUCACGCGCACGCACAUCCACCGCCGGCCGGUGGCUCGGCCUUUAAUCCCUUUCAUCAUGCUAUCGAGCAGAGGUCUCCUAGACUGCCUAGUUCCAACACCGAUUCGACGAGAAACGAUUUGGGUCCUAUCAGUGUUUCGGUGAGAGAAGUACCACCGACAACUUCGCCAGGAAAUCCCGGACCAGGAUUAUUAACGACAGCUACCGUAGCUGCACCGACACCACCAGCCGAAUCGGCGACCACUACGACCCCAAGUCCCUCGGGACAUCACCCGCAUUUCCAAGGUCUUCAUCUAUUAGGAGCAACAGGAUCGAUCUUUGGCUCGAUAUUCGCUCCACUGUUACCUCAAUCCUCAUGGCUUUACAACCCGCUUUAUCACACACAACAGUACAUCCUGGAACCUGAAUGGCACGCUCUAGCUCUCAGAAUGGCCCAACAGCGAUUACAGAGACCAGAUCAGGCCAGGCUCGAGGAACUUCGAAAAUUACGAGGUACCAGCGAUAGUCCCGAAGGUAGUUCGAAAGAAGACAGGAAAACAGAUCAAGAGGAUCCAGAUCCUUUGAACAGAUCAGGCAUGGAUAGUCCAGAUGGAAGUAUAGAGGUUGACGAUAGAAACGAUCAAGAUCGUAAAAGGGAUCGCGUUAGCGAGGAAUCAUUUCUGGAACAGGACUCGCCUAGAGUUUCUCCAAGCAGAAGCGAUCUCGAUGAUACGACAUCGAGAGAUGCAACUUCUCGGGACGUGCCGAUACUACUUCGACCAAGUAUAGAAAAUUUCAACGAUACGGAAAGUCAAAACGAUCAUGAGUUAUCUCUCAGCAACGAUUACACAGUGAAAAUUCGUUUGGAAGGUACCGUUGAUCUUAGCACAAAAAAGGGACAGGAUAAAGAGAACGUAGGUCAGGAUUUGACCAUUAGGAAGAAGGAUGAUAAUAUCGAACCUAUCAGACCGCGCAGGGAACGAAGUCCCAAACCUAGACACGUCUGGAGACCUUAUUAAAUGGGUUCCAAUCUAAGAUCGAUACGUUUAAGAAGACGACGAUUGAUAUGAUUGGAAUCGAGGAAGGAAGAGAUUUCAAUCGUUAAGGAUUAAAGGAACGAUCUUGUUACGAUAUUAACGAGAUCGAUGAUUUCUCAAAUGAAUAGGAAAAUGUAGGCAUUGUCGAUUACCCGUAGAUCGAGAAAUAGAUCGAUUACGACGAUCGCUGUUUUUAAAUGUAACAUUUAAAUGCGCUCGAAUUCGACGCACUUUCAAAUAUUUUAAAUAUUAAUUAUAAGUUAAUGUAAAUAAUCAAACUCUUACCUGCGAUCGAGAAUCAACAAUCAAAAAAGGUAAAAAUUUAGGAAACACAUUAAGACUUUAUCGUGGAGAUCACUUUGAUGACUCGAGGACUAACCAGGGUUUUAUGUUCGUAAUACCAUGUAAAUACUAUAUGUAACGUCCAAUCAUCAUUACCCAUUUAGAUUAGAUUUUCGAGUCAAACUCAUUAAGCCUCAUCCUAUCUCUCGUUGUUCUAAUUACGAUCAAUCGUUCUUGCUGGACAAUUUCAAGUCAGACUAAUUUUAUUCAAUAAUCGACAAAAACGAGAAAAUGACUUUUCAACGAUAUUUGUCCAGUUAGAUAUGACUAUUAUUAUUAUUAUUAUUAUUAUUAUUAUUAUUAUUAUUAUUAUU